CGCAAGUAUGCAGGUUUGACUGUGAGUAUAUAUGGUACCAGAUCAGUCCUCGAGGGCAGGCAAACAAGGCAUGUUCAAGACAACCCUACAAGAGAACCCGCAUCUAAACGAACAAAAGACCAACAUACUUAACCGUUGCUCUAUACCCUCUUCAGCCCUUUCCAUUAUGCGCUACUCACUCGGGACCCUUCUCCUCGCUCUAAGCCAGGGCAUCUAUGCCGACUGCGGCUGGCGCCUCAACGGCAACGACUGCAUCUGCAUGAACAGUGCCAACGGAAACGCAUGGACCGAAUGGACAAGUUAUUGUUGUCAGGCCAUGGGCAGAAGGACAGGCGGCUUUGGUCCUGUGUGCACCGUGACCAAGGACUUGAGGCAAACCUUCAAGGACUGUUGCAAGUAUCAGAACAAGGAGUCCCUCAUUGGGCAUUGUAGAUAGAUGUUCGACCGCCGCACCUGCGUGGGAUUGGAAAAUAGGCAACGGAGGCGUCGUGUCGACGGCAUCAUUAGGCGUACAAAAGUAGCCUUGACACUGCAGCCAGGAAAAAGGUUAUUGGGGCGAAUGGGAUGUCAUAAGUUUAACCGUCGGUUGGUUUAAUCAUCUCUUGGGCUCACGAAGCCGCCGAAUAAAGUUUCAAAGAGUGCAAGAGUGAAUAUCGGACCAAGAUUGCAAUAUAAUUUCCCUUGUAGGUACCUAGAACUAGGCAGAAAAGCAUGUGCG